AUGGCGUCCAUCAAGUCAAUCCGCUCUCUGACUCUGGACAUCCCGCCGAGCUGCAUAGAGUUUGUGCCUGGCCAUCCCGAGCUUUUCGUGGUUGGCACCUACUAUCUCGAGAAAAAGCAAGACGAAGAAGCUACCGCGGAAUCGACCAACGGCCAGCCGCAGCAGAGAACAGGAAGCCUGCUGCUUUUUAGACUCGACGGUGAUGAAGUAACGCUCAAACACACGCUCUCGACCCCCUUCGCCAUUUUCGACAUCCACUUUGCCCCUCCAUCAACAGCAGCAUCCACCCUCCCUCUCCUCGGCGCCGCCACAUCCACCGGAUCGCUCGCCCUGUACCAAGUCUCCGCCUCCACCCUCUCCAUCGCGACGCUCUCCGUCCUCCAAAUCUUCCCCACCACCUCCCUCAUCACCCACUUCACCUGGCACCCAUCCAUCCCCUCCCUGGCCGCGCUCGCCCUCUCCUCGGGCUCCAUCUACCUCUGCGACACCGCCGCCAGCAACACGGACCCAAUCGACGACGGCGACACGACGCCCACCGCCGCGUACCUGCACGCUCACUCCCUCGAGGCCUGGUUCGUCGCCUUCACCCCCGACGGCACCGGCCUCCUCUCCGGCGGCGACGACAGCACCCUCGCGUCGCUGGCCCUGCCAUUCCUUCCCUCCUCCACCACCACCACCUCCUCCUCCACCACCUCGCCACCACCUUCAGCGCAGAAGCUACUACUCCUCUCCGCCAUCGCAGACGACCACCCGCCCCCGCCCCAAUGGCAAGACCGACGGACGCACCAAGCGGGCGUGACAGCCCUCCUGCCGCUAUCGCCACCUCCACCACCAUCCAACCAGGACAAGAAGAAGGAGCCGCCGCUCCUCCUCCUCACCGGCAGCUACGACGACCGCAUCCGCCUCCUCGCUCUACCGACGCCUGCGUCGUCGUUUCGCCGCCCUAAACUCCUCGCCGAGCUGGACCUCGGCGGCGGCGUGUGGCGGCUGAAGGACAUCACCGACAUCACCGCCGUUCCCGCUCACGACACUGGAAGGACUGGCAGUGAAGGGCGGGCGCGGCGGGCGCGGCGUGAAUACAUCAUCCUCGCCAGCUGCAUGCACGCGGGUGCGCGGGUGCUGCGGCUUGAGGGUCGGCGGGCGUCGGCCGAGGAGGAGGAAGAAGGAGGAGAAGGAGGAGACGAAGGAGAAGGAGAAAGCGAAGACGAAGAAGACUUGGAGUGGUCGUUCGACGUGCUGGCUGCCUUCGAGGAGCACGAGAGCAUGAACUACGCGAGCGACGUGCGGCCCGGCGGCGUCGAGGGAGGGAAGGGGCGGGGGACGGUGGUCAGCACGAGCUUCUAUGACCGGCUGUUGGCCGUGUGGAGGUGGUGA